AUGGAACCCUUUGUCCAACUGGAAGGCGUCGUGGCGCCCCUCGAUGCCGUCAACGUCGAUACCGACAUGAUCAUCCCCGCCAUAUACCUCAAGAGCAUCGAACGCACCGGCUUCGGCCCGCACCUGUUCGACCGCUAUCGGUACAACGAGGACGGUUCGGAGAACCCCGAUUUCAUCCUCAACCAGGAUGCCUAUCGCAGUUCCCGGAUCCUGGUGUCCGGGCCCAAUUUCGGCUGCGGCUCGUCCCGCGAGCACGCCCCCUGGGCCCUGGACGACUUCGGCAUCCGGUGCGUCAUCGCGCCGAGUUUCGCCGACAUCUUCUUCAACAACUGCUUUAAGAACGGACUGCUACCCCUUACCCUGCCCGAAACCGACGUCCGUCGCAUCAUGGACAAGGCUAAGGACAACCCCGGCUUCCAGAUCAUGGUUGACCUGGAGGCGCAGCAGGUCCGCGACGCUGACGAGGAGAUCGUCCUGGACUUUGAGGUCGACGAGUUUCGCCGCUACUGCCUGCUGAACGGCCUCGACGACAUCGGGUUGAGCUUGCAGCACGAGGAUGCCAUCUCCGCUUACGAAUCCCGCCAAGGCUGA